AUGCGAUUCGGCCGUAGACAUACGUCUGGCUCAAAGCGUACAACGCAUACACAAAUCAUCGUUGAGAUGGAGCUGGUCAAGCCCAAAACCUACGUUCCCCCUAUCCCACCACCAGCUCUUUCUCUUCUCCUUCUCUCCCUCUCUCACUCUCGUUUCCCCAUUGGCUCGAACCACUCCCCACGCUUCCCUCUAGAUGGAGAUCUCAUCGCAAUGCAAGCUACUACGUGUCUGUGUCACGAACCUCACAGGAGCAAGCUCACCUGCUCAAUUGUAGGAGGAAACGACAAGGAGACAAGAUCGAUCGAUACGACUGUCCCGAUCGGGAAGCGUAAAGAGGGAAAGAUUCCGUCCAGCCAGGUCGGGGUCUGCUUCAGCCCUAUUGUCCUACCAUUCAGUCGACGCAAUACCAAACUUGUCUCUUUGCGCUUUGUGGAGCUGAAAAACCCCCCAUUCUCUCAGUCUCACCGCACCUUGCGCAACGCAAACACCCUCCCGGAGAAUCGUCAACUUCGGGAAGAGACACCGGGCCGCAACCUUGAUACUGAACAAUGCUCCCGAACUUCACGGACCGCAGCGGGGCCCGAGGACGUAUCCAUCGACCGGAAGACUUUCCACAUUUCCCGUGGUUCCCGUGUUUGCGGCCCGGAGUCUUGUGUGACGGUCUCCGGAGUCUUUGUACUUGUGUGUAGAAUAUCACGCCUACGCGCAAACGGGCGGCUGGAUAAGUACUCCUCCCAAGGAAUGAGGAAGUACCCAAGAAACGACAACUCAUACAACAAGCCAUCAACAGUUUCAAAACAUAGUCAUCUAUACUUGGAAAUGGAUCGCUUGGUCAUUGGGAUAAAGUGGCGCUGUUAUCAAAAUUCAGAGGACAUAGCUAGAUACAAAACACGCCAAACUCCCCAACAAUCACUCACUGGACGAUACUCACUGACCUUAACCUGGCGCCAUAACCAACUCGGCCACCCUUCCGUGUGCAUCUCGCCAGCUCCGGUUGAUAGCUCCACUGGGACCAGCGGACAUUUCUCUGGGCCACAAGUCAUUUUCCCCUCCUUAUCCGAGCAUGUAGACAGUCAGUUGCGGGCGGGCAGUGUAGCGUUCAGUCUAUCAACCGACGAUUUGCCCGGCCGUGUUGAGCCUAGGUUUCCUUCUAGAACUGCAAGGGGACGUCCCGAGACACUUUGUGGAAUUGAGGCGGUGAAGCUUGAUAAAGGUGCUGCUGGUCAAGUUCGUGAGAUCCUCAUCUCUAUUGCCAGUAGCCAAAUGAUGGAACCUCUGAGGCCUGUCUCCCCCGGCUAUUCGCCUCUGCCACCCUCAACCGCGCAAGAGAUGGUCGGCUAG